GGGCAAACGGGCGGGCGGGGCGCGGCCUCCGGGGCGGCGGCCGAGCCUCUCUCCGCCUCGCAGCGUCGGCGCCCUCGCCCAGCCCGGAUUGGGAGCGCGGCCAGGACCGGGAUGAGGCCGGCGAUGCGCGGGAGGGCCGCGGAGGGAGCAGCGGCGGCGUCGACCGCGCGGGCUUCCCUGGGCCUCGGGCCGCCUGUCCCCCCGCUCCGACGGGGCGGCGGUGGCGGAGCGGGCGGAGAGGCAGCCGCGGCGGUGGCGGCCUCCAUAAAGGGCCCCUCUUGCCCUCUGCCGGCACAGCCGGGCGAUGUCGGUGGGCGAACCGCGGAACCGGAGACGGUUAAAACGGCCGAGGAACCGGCGGUGGCGGGACGGCACAGGCUCUGCCGGGCCCCGAUGGUCGCGGAGGGCGAAGUUCCACCUGCAGACCAAGAUAAAGUGGGCUGUCAUACAGUAAGGAAGUCCAGCAGUGAUUCUUCUGAAGGUUCGAGCUCCGUGUCCAGCCAUGUCCCUGGAAUAAUGCAGCUCCAUAAAGAAACUCCGGAGAGCCCAGCGUCUGCCUACCUCCUCCUGGAGAGGACACCACCGGUGAAGAACCCUCAUCCUUGGCCAUUGGAGGAUGUUGAUCCUGUCUCUUCUACGCAGGAGGACAUGUUUGGCCAGAACAGCUCAACAGGCAGUGGAUGCACCCUGUCUAGAGUGGAAGAUGCAAGUUCCCCAUUAUCCACUCCGGCUGAUCCUCUGCACGUCCUUCAGCUCUCUGGCCAAGGGCCUCUUUCCAAUUGUGCUUCAGGUCUUGCUAGAACAACUUCUGAUGUCUUACAACCAGUGCCUUUUAUUCUUCCAAGAAGCCCAACUGAACAGGAGGCAGAAGGAAAGCAGGAAAGCACACCAUUGGAGACUGCAAGCACCUUUCAGGGCUCUGUUCCAGUUUCUCAAGAUGCUUUUGUGCUGCCGUCCCAGCCCGAGUUCUCUCACGAUACUUUUCUCCCAACUCCAAGCCUGGAGGAAGGCUGUAAGAUGGCAGCUGAGAAAGAAGGAAGUUCUGAGGGCUCUGAAAUUCCCGAGGCAGCAACGUCAGCUUCUUUCGCAGAGGUUCCUUUGCCAGGACCCCCAGAGGAUGACUGUGUUUUGGCCCUCUCGGCCAGUCAAGGAAGCCAGGUGACCACAGCAAAGGAGGAGAAAACCAUUGAUGUUAGUGCUUCUUGUGCUUUGGAGGAGAAGCUUUGCUUGCCUGAUGGCUGCAGUGAACAGGAGGCUGAUGAGGAGACUUCUGUUGGUGAACCGUGCAGUGGCCUUGGCCCUCAAGGCAGCGUGCCAAGCAAGGCAUCUUUGCUCCUGGAGGGUGAAGCUGUCCCAGAGACUCCCUGUGAAAAGCCAGAAGAAGUCACAUUGCUGGAUGAAGGACUUUCCCUUCGUUUGACAAUUUCCCAAGCUGUAGAACAAGCGGAAUGUUCUGCAGUUAGGGAAGCCUUUUCCCCAAACGAUCCACAUAUAACUGAUCCACAUGUAACUGGUGAGCCGGCACUUGUGGUGUCAGGGAAGCUAGAGCAAGGUCCUCUGGACAAUCCCAACAAGGCUGUGCUGGAAGUGCAGAGCAUGGGUCGGAGGAUUAAUCCUGGAAUGAUGCUGAAACAGUCCGAUUCUGAGCCCCAACUCCAAAGAAGAGCCGGUAGUUUUCCUGGAGAGAUUCUGCACGCCCAUGUCCCACCAGAGCCGUCAUUUUGUAUCUUGUUGGCGAAAGAGAGAGAUGCCCUCACCCCGCCUCUGGUGGCCCAGCACAAGAAAGGCCCCAGGCACAGCACCCCCAUUGUGGUGGGAAGUGAUCCAGAGCACCUUGCAGUUGGCGCAGAGGGCAGAGAUAGUGUUUCGGGGGCUGGUUCGGCUGGUGCUGCAGCCAUGGAGGAGAACCCUCAAGGGAGUCCUAUGGUGACCUGCGAAGAGGAAGGGGGGCUCUCCCUGCGUAGGAACCUGGCGACUCCUGUGAUGGAAGAGAGUGACGAGCCUCUGCCUUUCAGCCUGGAGAAGCCUGAAGCCAGGGAAAGGACCAAUGGGCUGGCCACAGCAAGCAAUCCCAGUUCCCAGAAGACGCCAUCUGUGUUUGCUCGAGUCUGUGGCCCUGAAGAAAAGGCUCCUGGCCCAGGACAGCUGUCUUCCCUGUUCAGGGGUGACUUGUUCAAUUUUCCAAGUUCCCAAGAAGAAGAUGAGCCAUCACGAACCUGGAAGGACCAGCAGAAAUGUGUCUCCUUGGGUUGUAGACAAGUCUCAUCUUCUGAGCUGAUUGCUAAAGAGCAGGCAGUAGGCUGCGCCAAAGUGGGAGAGGCCAUGGAGGUUGACGUUGCCUCACUUCAGCAGGGGGAGAAUCGGAGAGCCCCAAAGAAGGGGCAUGUGGGCACACCAGAAGAAAAGACCGUCCCAGAGUCUGGAUCCAGCAAUGGCAAGAGCACCCAGGUACCAGGGGAGCACCUGGAAGAUCCAGCAGGCCCCGUGUCAGCAGCCACGCAGACGGCCUCUGCCGCUCAGGUGGAAGUGGGCACCAGCAUGGCCUGUCCUCCGCUCCAGCAGCGCAGCACCAGUGUGCAAACAGAGCGGGACUUUAUGUGGCGGCCCGGAAGCCCCCCAGAAGCUUCACCCAGUCAGAAGGAGGAAGAAUUUGAACUGCCCCACCCACCAGCAGGUAGAGUCCUACAGCGCCAUGUGAGAACAAUUCGGGAAGUGCGCACCCUCAUAACACGUGUCAUCACAGAUGUUUACUACAGAGAUGGCACCGAAGUGGAACGGCAGGUGGUUGAGGAGCGAGAGGAGCCCCACGUGGAUUGCUAUGAGUGUGAGGUGGACGUCUCUCCUUCCCGUACCGGGGCGUUUUCUCUGACCUCUGGAGAUCUUGGAGACCUCAGCUCCUUUUCCUCCAAGGCGUCCGGACCUCAGCACACUUCCAGUGGAGGAAGCAGUGCUCUGUCCGCCACUCGCAGCCGUGCAAACUCUGCAGGCCCAAGAAGGGGCUCUCAAGACUUGGCCUUGCUCACGGCCAGGAAGCUGAGCCCAAAGAAGGGGAUCGGCUUCUGCCCAGCCCAUCGUGACCAAGGCAAGGCCGCAGCGGGAGACGAGGCGGAAGACCCAGGCCCCAGCAACCAGCAGGGUAGAGGCGCACCGCUUACCCCCCGUGGGCGAGGGCGAAGGGGCCGUCCUACUUCCCGAUCCACUGGAGCAAGGGACUUCAAAGAGGCAGAUCUUUCAGCCGGUGCCUGUUUGGAUGGGCAGCCCAGCCUGGAUCCACAUCUGGAGGGCCUGGAGCGAGCUGAGCCCCCUCGGUGCCGCAGUGGCUCCCCUGAAAUCCCUUUGCAGGAGCAACCGAGCGCCUCUGACGAUCCCAGGCUCCCUUCCCCUGGGAGCUGCGUGGUGGGCCUCCGGGUGGUAGCUAAAUGGUCAUCCAAUGGCUACUUCUACUCUGGGACCAUCACGCAGGAUGUGGGCGGGGCCAAGUACAGGCUGCUCUUUGACGAUGGCUAUGAAUGCGAUGUUCUGGCCCGAGAUGUCCUCCUGUGCGACCCCCUCCCCCUGGAAACGGAGGUGACAGCACUCUCCGAGGAUGAAUACUUCAGUGCAGGUGUGGUAAAGGGCCAUCGGAAGGAGGCGGGGGAGCUGUUCUAUUGCAUCGAGAAGGAUGGACAGCAGAAGUGGUACCGGCGGACGGCGGUUAUCCUGUCUUUGGAGCAAGGGAACAGACUCCGGGAGCAGUUUGGGCUCGGCCCAUUCCAGCCGGCCACUCCUCUGACCAGGGCAGCUGAUAUCAGCCUAGAUAACCUGGUGGAGGGAAAGCGGAAGAGACGCAGCGUUGCUCCCCCCAGCCCCUCCAGUGGCAGCACGACUCCCAUCCGCAAGAGCCCGGAGCCUCUUUCCAGCAAAAGGAAACUGGCUGCUGUCUCAGAAGAGGAGCAGUCCCCAGCCAAGCGGGGGCGGCGCCUGGCACUGUCUAAAGCAGGAGCUGCGAAUGCCAGGGAGAUGGCAAGCCCAUCAGGUAGUGGAAAGUACUCAGGUGAUCACUUGGCACUUGAUCACCGAUGGGGUCCUUUGCCCCAGAACAAAACUCUUUUUUUGGGCUACGCCUUUCUUCUCUCCAUGGCAAAUACAACAGAGGAGCUUUCUAGUUAUCAAAAGACUGCAGUGAGCAGCGAAGAAGAAGAAGAAUUUGUGGAGAGAGUACCUUACAACAAAUCCUACGCUGAGCUACAACUCCAAGCAGGAGGAGGUUUCAUCCUAGACGACUUCAAUGAAAGCCAGUGCAGCGCAGCCUACGAGUGCCUCCUGAUAGCAGACCGGCACUGCCGCACCCGGAAGUAUUUCCUGUGCCUUGCCCGGGGAAUACCCUGUGUCUCUCACAUGUGGGUCCAUGACAGUUGCCUCGCCAACCAAACUCAGAACUACAAGAAUUACUUGUUGCCGGCCGGCUACAGCCUGGAGGAAGAGCGACUGCUGGAGUGGCAUCCACGGAAAAAUCCCUUCCAGAGGCUGAGGGUGCUCCUGGUGUCUGACGAAUCACAAAACUUCCUGGAGCUCUGGUCGGAGAUUCUGAUGAUGGGAGGAGCCGCUUCGGUUAAGCAGCAGGAAUCCUCCACAUGGAAGAAUGAUGUGAGUUUGGGGGUGUUUGAUGUGGUGGUGACAGAUGCUUCCUGCCCAGCUGCCAUGGUGCCCUGUGCCAAAGCAUUACAGCUGCCAGUAGUAACACAGGAGUGGGUGAUCCAGAGCCUCAUUGUUGGAGAGAGAGCUGGUUUUAAAUAUCCAAAGUAUCAACAUGAUUAUGUCCCCUGUUAAAGCUCCCUUUUUGUUUUGUGGUGAUUCUCUAGAUUUUAAACUUUUUUGUGUCGUUUGACUUAUGCAUGGCGUGCUUGUAUAUAGUUUUAAUGUGAACUUUUAUGAUACAAUAAAUUGUGAUUUCUUA